AUGCUAAUAUUAAAGUCUACCGUCUCGAAAGCCGCCGUGGUUAAACAUAAUGCAAGGUUCAUAUGCACCGCCUCAACUUUAUCAACUCGAUAUCGGCGCGAUCGGAGUCGAGUCGAGCCAAUUAAACUAAGCAAAUGUUCUUAUUCACAAGAUUCGCCUGUAAAUGAAAAGGAGACGAUCAUAAGAUUAUUGUAUAACAUAGGUUCGAGAAAGGAGGUGGAACAAUAUCUUCGACAUUUUUCCUCGGUAGAGUCACAGAAAUUCGCUGUGAUAAAGGUUGGCGGUGCCGUUCUUUCAGACGAAUUGGACACACUCGCCUCAUCCCUUACCUUCCUAAAUCGCGUUGGCCUGUAUCCAAUAGUGUUACACGGAGCCGGACCACAACUCAACCAUUUAUUGGAGAAGGGAGGCGUAGAACCGAAUUAUAUAGAUGGUAUCAGAGUGACGGACGCAAAAACACUUGAAAUCGCGCGAGGAGUAUUUUUACAGGAGAACCUUAAAUUGGUGGAAGCACUAGAACGCUCGGGGACGCGUGCUCGACCCAUUCCCGGUGGGGUGUUUGUUGCUGAUUAUCUGGAUCGAGAAAAGUAUGGGUAUGUCGGCAAGAUCACCGGAGUGAAUAAGAAUGUCGUGGAGGCCAGUGUCAAAGCGGGCGCGUUGCCGAUAUUAACCAGUCUGGCUGAAACUCCUUCUGGACAAAUUUUAAAUGUGAAUGCUGACGUAUCCGCCGGAGAAUUGGCCAGAGUGCUCGAACCACUGAAAAUUAUUUAUCUAAGUGAAAAAGGAGGUCUCAUACAUGGUGAGACUGGAAAGAAAAUUGACGUCAUCAAUCUUGACGAGGAAUACGAAGAUUAUUUGAAAUUACCAUGGGUCACACGUGGCACUCGAUUAAAACUUCGGGAGAUCAAAGAGCUUUUGGAUAACCUUCCUCGAACGUCUUCUGUGGCAAUUACCGCGGCCGGACAGCUGCACAAGGAACUAUUCACUGACAGCGGAGCUGGCACCUUGAUUCGUCGUGGAUAUCGCCUCUUUAAAUUUAAUUCAGUGGAGGAAAUGGAUAAAAAUAAAUUACAAACUUUAUUGCAAAACAGCGAGGAAACGGGAGUUGCAUCAAACCUACAAGAGCUCUCCAAGAAAAAUUGCACGAUAUAUAGUGAUGAGCCAUAUGAGGUUUUUGCCGCAGUGUCACGAGAGAGUAAUAAUGGCAUUCCAGUUCUUGAGAAAUUCAUUGCCACCAAGAACGGAAUACUAAAUAAUGUAACGGACAACCUAUGGACGAUGUUGAAGAAAGAACAUCCGAAAUUGGUUUGGAUCAUAGAUGAGCAAGAUGAAAACAAGUUUUGGCACUUUGAAAAUUCCGAGGGUAGUUAUACGAAGAAUGGAAAGUUGCUGUUUUGGUACGGGAUCAAAAAUAUUGAUGAAAUCUCGGGAAUCAUCAAAGACUUUGAUUCCACACGACCCAACGUUAAUCCAUCCGUGGGCUAUCAUUCUUCGGGUACGGUAUCUGACAAUAGCAUUAGGGCUUUUUCCUCAUUCACCAGGCGUAACGGAAAUUCAUUUUCGGGUUCGCGUCGUAUGUAUUCGACGUCAUCAUCAAAUCCAACAAAGGUCGCCUUGAUUGGAGCGCGUGGUUAUACUGGACAAAACCUCAUAUCCUUGAUAAACGGACAUCCUCAGAUUUCAUUGUCUCAUGUGUCCUCUCGUGAACUGGAAGGACAAAGACUUUCCGGAUACACCAAAGAGGAGAUCACGUAUGUUAACUUGAAAACAGAGGAUAUAAAAGAGAUGCAGAAGAAUGGUGAAGUUGAUUGUUGGAUCAUGGCCUUGCCAAAUGGUGUAUGUUCUCCGUUUGUUCAAGCUGUUAAUGAGGGUCAGACUGAUAAGAGUUUGAUUGUCGACCUAAGCGCUGACUAUAGAUUCACUGACGAAUGGACUUAUGGCUUGCCCGAGCUCUGUGAUCGUUCGGCAAUUAAAAAAGCCACAAGGAUCUCAAAUCCUGGGUGUUAUGCGACUGCUUCUCAACUUUCAAUCUCACCGUUGUUACCAUAUAUUUCCGAGUCUCCGACCAUCUUUGGCGUGUCUGGCUACUCGGGCGCCGGAACGAAACCAUCGCCAAAGAAUGACCCGGAAUUUCUUAAAGAUAAUUUAAUACCCUACACGUUGACAGAUCAUAUUCACGAGAGGGAAGUUUCACAUCAUCUAGGCAAAACAGUGAAUUUCAUUCCUCACGUCGCUCCUUGGUUCCAAGGAAUCACCUUAACCGUCAACAUUCCUUUGACCAAGACAUUUAAAUCUGCGGAAAUUCGUGAAUUGUAUGAACAGAGGUAUGCCGGUGAAAAGCUUAUCAAGGUAACCGAAGAUGUACCGCUGGUAAGAGACAUCUCUGGUAAACAUGACGUGAGGAUAGGUGGUUUCGGUGUACACUCUUCGGGGAAAAGGGUUGUCGUAGUUGCGACCAUUGAUAAUCUGCUGAAGGGCGCUGCGACCCAAGCUUUACAGGAGUCAGUUUUCGCUAAGCACCGAGCUAAGAGUUUUUCAUCGUCAAGAGCUUAUUUCUCAACAUGUAUGGAAUAG